AUUUCUUGCAGAAGUUUUGCGCGAUUUCGGGCGAUUGCAAGUGAGAGUUGUUUGAAUCAUCGGUAUACCUCGAGUGGUGAAGUCUGAAUUUGAUUUUUGAAUUUCUGAACAAUUCUUUGGGACUGAGUAAGCAUGCCGUGCAUUGUUCCGCAAGAGCCUGAGCUGCGCAACUGGAGUAACUAUCGUCAAGUUUCGUCGUCGCAUUGCAGCAUAGUACAGGUGAAUUUGGAUGUGAACUGGCGCCAUCAUGGUGCCAUGAUCGGGAAGCAUGGAUGGCGCAUCGGCGCUGUGUCCCAGCAAACUGCAACUGUUGUGCGUUUUCCGCACAAGUCUCCUGACUGCGGGUCGGGCGAAGGAAAUUCGAUUGGAAUCGCAGGCCCGUUGGGAGCAGUUGAACAUGCCUUCAACCUGGUACAGGGCUUGGUGCCGGUAGAAGUAGAGAUACGAGGCAGGGACGCCUUGAAGUUGCUGGAAAAUCCUCGCGAAGAUAUUCGAGCUCUGAAGAUCAUGUGUGGCGUCCAUAUCCGCGUGGACAAGGACAAAGAGGUGGCGCACAUCCGAUCCGCCUCUGGACCAGAUCCAGUCUCACUGGCUGUCAAAGCCCUUCAGCGUUUCUUACCGGAAGAGCAGAUGGAAGUGGUGUUCCGUCUCCAGGCGUCAGUGGUGUAUCGUGACACACUGGAAGACGUCCUGCAGCAGAUGGAUUCCAGGUCGUUGUGCACAGUCAUGAUCGGAGCGGAAGUGGAAAACGAAGGCGAGUUCCACGUGGACAUCGCCGGUGGUGUGGAUGAAGUGAUGUCAUUUGCUUCGUUGCUUGAGGGAUCCUUACCGGUUUACAUGACCGUCACCGUGCCGAGAAUUUUCCACCUGGAUGAGGACUCUCUGAAGCAAUUCGGUCCCUCACUGUACGUGCAUAAACCCCCGAAGGACACAGCGCGCGGUCGGCAGUACAUCUUGUCCACGCCGAAGAACCAAGCUGCUUUCCUUUUCGCUGCUGCACGCAUCAUUUUGGGACAGAUCGAAGCCGCCGGCAUCAUGUCAGCUCCGGCAUUCGCCACGCCUUCUUUGCAUCCCGUCAACGCCUCGUCCAUGAUGUGCCCGGCCGUCAACAACCGCGGGCCGCAUCCGGGAACAGCAAUGCAAGUCUCAUCUGCGAAUAAUGAUGAUCAGCAACGAGUAGUUCCUCUGCCAUUCGUCCCACUGCAUCGCAGGGACGCGAGUAGAGCCACUACUGCUGGACUCCUGUUCGCUGGAAAUAAGGAUGCCCGAACGGACCCUGCUGGUGUUAGUGGUGGUGGUAGUGUUGCCAGGGUGAAGCGUAACAGUGGGGAGGUCAAUGGAACGACGAUGAGACGUGCCCGUGUUGGUAAUUUUACGGAUCGCGGUGCCAUCGUCACACCGUCCAGUAGGAAGCCGUGUGCAGCCCAGCAGCAUCAGGACCGCAAGAAUGUAUACGGUCGGGGCCAGCAGCAACAGCAGUGCGACGGAAGGCAUCGGUCUUCGUCGCCUUCAGCUGCAGUUCGUCGAGUGUCGUCCACGACCGGAACUGGUGGGACGACCAUCACGGCCGCUGUGUCGUCGCAGCACCGUGGUGGACGCUAUGGCCACUACGGGGACGUUAUGUGGAAUCGCGGACUGUCUUACCGGAAACCCAACAACGAUAGCUCCAGCACCGGUAGAGUUCUGGCGACCAAUAACGGAAAUAGUAAUUCUAGACGAGUCUUCGGGCGCCAGCAGCAGAAAGUCGGUGGAAAUUCUCGGGCAUCUCAGCGAUUCGGAAAGAACGUGGAUCCUGCUGGACCUGAAGACAUUGUGAAAAAGCGGUCGAGCUCUGGAAGUGCCGGCAGCACGAACAGCAGUGAGAACAACGAAGCUCUGACGAAAAGCUUCAACAGACCCAAGUUGUUCAACAAGUCGGGCGUGAAGGGAAAAAAGCUCGGUGAUGGACCAUCAUCAGCAGGCAUCCUGCUCAACAAGUUCUGUGCUGGUGGAGGUGGCGAUGCCCCGGCUGCAUGCCCUCAGCAACCAGCCGCCCCCGUCCGCAAACCCACGCCUCAUGUUCCUAAACGUGCUGUUGCCGAUCGUGAUGAGAACAAGAAACUGCAAGAGAAGGCGUUCCUGGAAUUGCAAGACCUGAUGGCGACGUUUGCAGCUGCAGUCAGCAUUGACAAGGACAACAAGGAGAAUGACACUGGAGGAGUUCGAGGAGACACCUACAAUGAUAAAAGAGCGUCUGGUGGACUAGGAGGUGGAGGCAGAGAUGACGGCGGGGGAGAUGGAGAACUGCUGCAACUGAUGGAGUCGGCGGAGUUGAGGCAGGCGUUAUUGCCUCGAAGGGUCAUGGUGCAGAUGCCGACGGAUGGUCGUGGUGACGGGGCACAUGUCAUCGCACUCGGUGAGGGCAUUGACGUUUCAACAGAUAUGCGACCGGGAAGCAAUGCCAUUGUCGACUGAUGCUGGAUUUUUGAUGGUGAUGGGAGAUUGUGAAUUUCCAAGAGUGAAGCAGAGAGAAAUUCCUGAAUAUCUCUUAGUUAUUCUGUUGGCUGCCAUGCGGCAGAAGAGUUCUCUUCUCAACGUUUCAAGAAGCUUUUAUUCGUUUAUCCAUUUAUUCUCCUUUGGUUCUCCGGCUGAUGUUUGUGAUUGUUCGCGGACGGAAAUUUCUUUUCCUGAUAUUUCUGACGUUCAUUCGAAUAGUUCCUCGUUCUCGAAGUUACGAACAUUUCGGAGGUGUUUUUACUAA